GUGAAGAAUUGCAGGGCGGUUGUGCGGAUGGGAUUGAAGUACGCAGAGAGGCAUGUGGGGGAGGCGGUGGAGUGGGCUGGGAAGCGCAGGGCGCAUCGGCUGGAGGCGAGGGGGAGGCUGGAGCUAGUUGAUGUGUUCCGUACGUUCGUGGAGGGAAUGAUGGUGGAGCGCCUGCUCUCAACGUCCCCGGCUGGCCUGCUCACCUAUUUUUAA